AUGCUCUCCUCCGAUCUGGACUCUGCAGCGGAAGACACAGGAGCCAGCGCUCCCAAUGAUGCUGAGGGAGAGGAGCGGGAGGAAGAGGAGGGAGAGGAGGAGGAGGGCUCACCGGCUGAGAGUGAUGUCCAGGAGGAGCAGCGUCCAGUGAAGCAGUCCCUGGGUGCUUGUGUCUGCCGUGAGUCCCAUUGGCGCUGCCUACUGCUCUCCCUGCUCAUGUACAGCUGCCUGGGUGCGGUGGCCUGGUGUCAGCUGACCCGGGUCACCAAGAUCAGGUUCAACUCUGCCCUCACCUCCUCCUUCACGGCCUCUUUCACCUCCUCCCUCCGGGGAGCCUCUGGGAUGGGAGUUGGAGGACACUCAAUGAUCUACCACGACAGCCCCUGCUCUGACGGCUACAUCUACAUCCCCCUGGCCUUCCUGCUCAUGCUCUACGUGUUGUACAUGGUGGAGUGCUGGCACUGCCGAGCUCGAAGCGACCUGCAGUGCAAAGCAGACGUGGACAGCGUGUAUGAGCGUGUGCUGCGGAUGCGCCAGGCCCAGCCGUGCAUAUGGUGGAAGGCCAUCAGCUACCAUUUUGUUCGGCGCACACGGCAAGUCACCCGGUACCGUAACGGGGACGCCUACACCACCACACAGGUGUACCACGAGAGGGUCAACACGCAUGUGGCCGAGGGCGAGUUUGACUACAGCCACUGUGGCAUGAAAGAUGUUUCUCGUGACCUCAGAGGAUUGGAGGGGCAUCCGGCAACUCGCCUGCGCUUUACCAAGUGUUUCAGCUUCACUGAGGCCGGACCAGAGAAUGAUUACCUCAACCAACGAGCCAGGUUCUUCUCUGAAAUCGAGGGUUUGGACGAUUACAUGGAGGCCAGGGAAGGGAUGCAGCUGAAGAACAUGGACUUCAGAGAAAACCUGAUAGCAUAUGUACACCCAGACAGGAUGCCCUGGUACACUUCCCAGGUCGCCUUCUGGCUGGCAGCUCUUCUCAUGCUGUCCUGGCCUCUGAGAGUGCUGAUAGAGUACCGUACUGCAUAUGUGCACUACCGCAUAGAGAAACUGUUUGGGUUGGAGUACAGCCACAGCAGCCCCUCUCCUCUCGAUGAAGACAGGUCUGUGGGGAAUAAUACCAGCUGCGUUAUUCCAAGAGUCGACACACUGGACAGCACUGAAAUGGAGUGGCACAUACGCUGCAACCGCCAGGUGAUUCCCAGCUACUCCGAGGCCAUGCUGAUAAACAUGAGCACAGCAGACUCAAACUCUUUACAUGACACUGAAUACACCACAUCCUCCAACUGCUUUCUAUUGGACAGCAGCCAGAUGACCCAGAGUUAUGGGGCCCUGCAGAGCCAGGACGACUGCGAGCAAUGCAGCGUGCAGAGCGGACGAGGGGACGGACUGGGCAGGAGGAGGACAAUAACCAGCUCCAGCUGCUCCUCCAUCUUCUCCUGCCGGGGAGCGCUGUUCCACUCCCACCUCUCCUCGGACACAUCUCGUUUCUCGCUCUGCCGCAUAUACGGCUCCCAUCGAACUGUGGCUCUGUGCAGGAGCCGUAGCAGCAACCUGACGGAGCCCUGCUGCGUGGACGAGCAGUGCUGUUGCUCAGACUCCAGCCAGUUGGCACUCAGUGACAGUCCGCCCACUUACAGGGACGCCCGGUUCUUCCCAGUCCUCAUUGUGCAUCGGUCUGAGGGCUGUGGGAGCGAGGAGGGGAGGGAAGUGCGGCAUUAUUACAUACGGAGAGGGUCGUCUUGUGUAGAGACGGCUCUGUGA